UCUGAUGGAGGAGCUGACCCCCGACCGGCAGCGCCCCUGAGCCCCGUGGCAGGGAGAUGGCGCGGCGGGUCAGGCUGCACAGCCCCUCGCACCCGGACCUGCUGCUGCACCGGGCCAGUGAGCUGAGGCAUGUGCGGGCCCUGUGCGAUGUGUUGGUGCGCGUGGGCCAGCAGGACUUCCCGGCCCACAGCUUGGUGCUGGCCUGCGCCAGCCGCACCCUGGCCCGGCUCCUCCUGCCACAGGGCCCCAGAAAGCUCUGCAAUCUGGACUUCCUUGCGCCUGCCACCUUCAAGCACGCUCUGGACUUUGCCUACACCGGCAGCCUUGAGGUGGCACCUGAGGAGCUCGCCAGCCUCCUGGCCACUGCCCGGGAUCUGGAGAUGGAAGAGCUGGAGCAGGCGUGCCUCAGGGCACUGGGGACUGGAGGCCCUGAUGGGACUGGCAUUGGCGACAGGGCUGGCGGCCAUGACUCAGUUGGCGUUGGGGACAGGACUGGUGGCUAUGAUGGGGUUGCCAUUGGUGACAAGCCUGGUGGCCAUGGUGGAGUUGGUGACAGGACUGGUGGCCAUGACGGGGUUGCCAUUGGCGACAGGGCUGAUGGCCCUGACGAAGUGGGCAUUGGCAACAGGACUAGCGGCCAUGAUGGAGUUGGCAUUGGUGAUUGGGCUGGUGGCCAUGACAGGGUUGCCAUUGACGACGGGGCUGGUGGCCAUGAUGGAGUUGUCAUUGGUGACAGGGCUGGCAGCCAUGACGGGGUUGGUGCCCAAGAUGCGAGGAAGGAGACAGCGGAUGGGAUGUCCCAUAUGAAGUCACCAGGCAACCACGACCUAGUUUUAUUGGCCGAUGGGCCCUGCCUGGCCCUGGGUAGGCCAGACAGUAAGGGGAGCCAAAUCCAAGAUGGCAGCUUGGCACCCAGUUGGGUCCUGUUUGAACAGUCCUCCCUCAAGCCGCGGGAAAGCGUCAUCACAGCUACGGCCCGGACACUGCCUCAGGAGCACUGCGCCCAUCCCUGGCCGCCAGAGGCGCUCUGGGGGCCAGAGGGGGUGGUUUCUGGCUACCAGCCCUGCCCACCAUUGCUCAGCUACCAGCUGCAGUCACUGCCUUCGCCCUUGGGCAACCUGGGGCCUGGGCACAUGGCCCUCUCGGCAUCGGUGGGUUUCCAUGGCUACGUCCGACCCUUCCCCUGCGGGCUGGAGAUGGGGAAGCCGGGCACCCCCAGUGGGAUCACAGGCAGAGAGAAGCAACUGGAAGACCAGAGGCUGCUGGCGGUUCCAGCCAAGUACUCGGGGUACGACCUCUGCCCCCAGCGGGGCCCAGAUGCCCAGCACCUCCCACUGCUCUGCCACCCACGGCCCCAGUCGCUCCCGCUCCCCCGGUUCCGGGCCCAGCAGAGCUGUGACAAGGACCUGCCGCCUCUGAGCACAGCGCCCCCUGGAGAGCCAGCCACGGCGGCGUCAACCACGCUGUACUUGAUGUACGGCCCACGGUGCCCCCCACGGGCCCUGCCGGCUGGCGCCUGGAGCUACAUCUGCCAGCUGUGCCAGCGGCGGUUCCCCAGCCAGACGGCGCUGCGCAGACACAGCUGCAGCCACAUGGGCCAGCGGCUGUUGGAGCGGGAGUUCUGUGCCCGUGGGUUCCAGGCCGAGGCUGGGCUGCGGGGGCCCCGGCGGGCGUCCCCAGGUGAGAAGCCCUAUGAGUGCGGCGAGUGCAGCAAGCGCUUCACCCUCAAGCACCAGAUGGAGACGCACUAUCGGGUGCACACUGGCGAGAAGCCGUUCCAGUGCAAGCUCUGCCCCCAGCGCUCCCGUGACUACUCCGCCAUGAUCAAGCACCUGCGGACCCACGGUGGCGCCGCCCCCUAUCGCUGCACCCUAUGCCGCCAGUUCUGCCCCAGCCUGGCCGCCAUGCAGAAGCACAUGAAGGGCCAUUGCCCCGAGGAGCUGCCCUCGGACUGGACGAUCGAGACCACCUACCUCUACUCCUCCUCCACCUCCUCCUGAGCCGCCUGUGCUGGUGCAGGCACCGGGAGACUCAUGCGUGGCACAGGGAGAGCGCGGAGACCAGCGUCGGCGUGGCAGACGGAUCUGCAAUGGUGCAUGGCACAGGGAGGGCGCGGAGACCAGUGUCGGCGUGGCAGAUGGAUCCGCGAUGGUGCAUGGCACGGGGAGGGCGUGGGGACCAGCGUCGGCGUGGCAGACGGAUCUGCAAGGGUGCGUGGCACAGGGAGAGUGCAGAGACCAGUGUCGGCGUGGCAGAUGGAUCCGCGAUGGUGCAUGGCACGGGGAGGGCGUGGGGACCAGCGUCGGUGUGGCAGACGGAUCUGCAAGGGUGCGUGGCACAGGGAGAGUGCAGAGACCAGCGUCGGCGUGGCAGACGGAUCUGCGAUGGUGCGUGGCACGGGGAGGGUGUGGGGUGUAGCAGCACCUGGCAUGGGGAGAGGGCACAGCUGGCCAUGGCUGGACCUGCAGAACACAGAUCCGUGGCUCGCUUUGCUGCCCGUCACACACAGCACGCCGGGAGCGCUGCCCGCUGGCUGGGAGUCAUGCAUGUGGCACGGGCACCAUGGGCAGCUAGCUACUGAGGGCAUGAACCUGCUGCAGGCCAGAGACGAGAGCCCACAUGGAGUAGAUCAGUCCCUGCUGUUCCCAGCUCACUCUGUAGGGGGGGCCGUAUGUGUGCGGCCCCAACCUCUAACA